AUGGCAGCCAACAUGAAUGACAGUGACAAAGACACCGCAACUGAUAGCGAUUUGAACAUGAGUUUUGUGGAGUCUGAUUAUGGUAGUAGAAUGGGAGAAACUCCGCAAAAAGGUGUCUUGGUGGCAGGACUAAUGUCAAAACCUAAGUACAUACCUACUUGGUACAACUACGACAAAACUGGAUCGGAACUCCAAAAUCAGUGUACAACGAAAAACGCUGGCAAGAACUAUUUCACAAGAUGCCAAAUGUCUAUUCUACAGGCCCAUAUCCAGGAUAUCAUCCCUCGACCUGCAAAUGAAUUAAUAUUGGUUGACAUCGGAAGCGGUAAUUGUUCCAAAUCGAAGAUUUGUAUAGAUGAACUGAUUGAAAGGCAAGGAAAAUGUUCCUUUUAUCCAGUGGAUAUUUCAAAAGAAUUCCUUCUGCAAUCAGUGUCGAAACUUUCGAAUGAAUACGGUGCCGCUGUUAAUAUAACACCCAUACCAAAAGACUUCGAACAAGGAAUAGAACAACUGAGGAACGUUGAAGGUCCAAAACUCGUCCUAUUUCUCAGCACGUUAAUGAUAAUGUCAUAUGAUGAUCAGGUGAAUAUACUCAGGAAGAUAUCAACAAUAUUGACAGGUUUCCGUGGUUGUGAACUGUGA